GUUACGGUCACCACCAAGGAUGACGUGGUUGAGCACUGGAAACUGUAGAACAGCUCGCUGAAGAUGUGGUAGGAGAGCGUGGCGAGAUCAAAACGGAAGGAAUGGAGAACGUCGCUGUAUACUCGAACGAUUAUGUCGUAUGUGCCUAUGCAUCUGAAAACACUAUACAUUUGAAAUGGAGAUUGCGGUUUGAAUUCGUCACGUCGGAACCUUUGAUCAAUGUUGUUUAUGGUGAAGUUUGCAAAGCACCCAUAGAUGUACCUAUCGAAACGCUGGCAUGGAACGGAUAUCUAUGUGCUACCCUGCAGCCCUCAAAACGCAGCACUUACAGAUUCAUCUCAUGUUGGAAAUGCUUCCAGGGUAUUAUGAUAUUGUUUGUACAUAUCAAAACCAAUGUAAAAUCGGCAUAG